AUGGCCAGUAAUCACAAACCUUCAGCAGCUCGCCCUAUUUCACGAGGUGGAAUUGGAUUAACAGGAAGGCCUCCUUCUGGAAUACGACCUUCAUCAGGAAAUAUUCGAGUGGCAACUGGAAUGCCACCUGGAACAGCAAGACCAGGGUCUCGUGGUGGUCCCAUAGGGACAGGAGGAGUUCUGUCUUCUCAAAUCAAAGUUGCAGAUCGUCCUGUAACACAACAAGGUUUGAGUGGAAUGAAAACUGGGAUGAAAGGUCCCCAGAGGCAAAUUUUAGACAAAUCUUAUUACCUUGGGCUUCUUAGAAGUAAAAUAAGUGAACUUACAACUGAAAUUAAUAAACUUCAGAAAGAAAUAGAAAUGUACAAUCAAGAGAAUUCAGUAUAUUUGUCAUAUGAAAAAAGGGCUGAGACUUUAGCUGUUGAAAUCAAAGAGUUUCAAGGACAAUUAGCAGACUACAACAUGUUGGUAGAUAAACUUAAUACCAAUACUGAAAUGGAAGAAGUAAUGAAUGAUUACAACAUGCUUAAAGCUCAAAAUGAUCGAGAAACACAAAGUAUGGAUAUCAUAUUUACUGAAAGACAAACGAAAGAAAAACAAAUUAGAAGCGUAGAAGAAGAAAUUGAACAGGAAAAACAAGCAGCAGAUGGCAUUAUCAAAAAUAUGUCUCCUGAAAAACAAGUCAAAUACGUAGAGAUGAAAACUACAAAUGAGAAAUUGUUGCAGGAAUUAGAUACACUUCAGCAACAACUAGAUUCAUUAAACAUGAAAAAAGAGAGCCUAGAAGCUGAAAUAGCACAUUCCCAGGUAAAACAGGAGGCUGUAUUGCUGCAUGAAAAACUUUAUGAGUUGGAGUCCCAUCGAGAUCAAAUGAUUGCAGAAGACAAAAGCAUGGGAUCUCCAAUGGAAGAGAGAGAGAGAUUACUUAAGCAGGUUAAAGAAGAUAAUCAGGAAAUAGCCAGCAUGGAGAGACAGUUAACAGAUAUAAAAGAAAAAAUAAAUCAGUUUAAUGAAGAAAUUAGACAACUUGACAUGGAUUUAGAGGAACACCAAGGUGAAAUGAAUCAGAAGUAUAAGGAACUAAAAAAAAGGGAGGAAAAUAUGGACACUUUUAUUGAGACUUUUGAAGAAACUAAGAAUCAGGAACUGGAAAGGAAGGCACAGAUAGAAGUCAACAUUGUUGCACUUUUGGAACACUGUAGUCGAAACAUAAAUCGUAUGAAACAGAUAUCCUCUAUCACCAAUCAAGAGCUAAAGAUGAUGCAGGAUGACCUCAAUUUUAAAUCUACAGAAAUGCAGAAAUCACAAAGUACAGCUAGGAAUUUGACUUCAGAUAGUCAACGUCUACAGUUGGAUCUACAGAAAAUGGAGCUUCUAGAAAGUAAGAUGACUGAGGAACAGCAUUCUCUAAAAAGUAAAAUUAAACAGAUGACAACUGAUCUGGAGACAUAUAAUGAUUUAUCUGCUUUGAAAUCGUCAGGUGAAGAGAAGAAAAAGAAACUACAUCAGGAGAGAACAGUGUUAUCAACCCACAGAAAUGCCUUUAAGAAAAUCAUGGAGAGGCUAAAUACAGAAUAUGAGACACUAAAAACACAGUUACAAGAAAAUGAGACACAUUCUCAGCUUACAAAUUUGGAGAGAAAGUGGCAACACCAUGAGCAAAAUAACUUUGUGAUGAAAGAAUUUAUAGCAACCAAGAGUCAAGAGAGUGAUUACCGGCUGGUUAUGAAGAAUGUGACCAAGCAGAUUGCAGAAUACAAUAAAACCAUCGUGGAUGCUCUGCAUAGCACUAGCAGAAACUGAAUCUAAAUCAACUGCAAGUCUCUAUAAAAGUAGCCUCUUGCUACUAAACUUUGUUCAAAAUGAUUGAAAAAAGAGUAGUUUAUCCUUGAAACUUUUACUUGAAAUUUCUUAAGGCGAUAUAUUUUUGGCCUUAUAAUUUCUUAAAGAGUUAUAGUUUUAGCAAAAUAGUUCAUUAAACAUUUGCAUAUAAAAAUUGUCAUCUUUUCUUUUUAUGACAUUUGCAUUUGUUUUGUAGGGGUGAUAAAAAUGUCUGAAAGAACUAGGAGAUAAAGUGACCAUUGAGAGUUCAUUUAGGCUGGUAUAAUCCAUCUAUGGCAGCAAAUGGGAUAAUUCUUGUAUCUGUCAGCUCUAGGAGGAAAGCUUGCAGUGUUGUUCUGAUUUAGCACUUACAUCAAUCCUGUCAAUUUUUACAUCUAUUCUUAGAAGGGAGAUGUUUAGCUUUGAGACUUGCUUCUCAAAUAGUAUAUAUUUGAUGUGUUUUAGAGCAUAUAAGGCCAUGGAGCUAUAUAUGUAACACAUGUUCUUUAUGUAUCAGUUAUCCCUGAAGAUUUGAAAUUAAAAGAUUUUAAUCUUUGCCUUCUUAAAAGAUUUUGUCGCAUAUAUAUGUCAGGAAAAGCUUGAGGUUUAAAAAAAUGCUGUACUGAUGGUGGGCUGUUUGACCUAUGGCUGGCCACUGCUGUUCAUUCCCAUCAUGGAGUCUGCAUUCACUCUCUUAGUACUGUUAGGAGGACUUAAUUAGAUUAAUUUAUGAGCAUUACCUGGAAUGUUUGAAAGGAAAAGCUGGAAGGGGUUGAAUUGUAUAGUGUUUAUCCAGCCUUGUUGGGAGGAGAGAAGCAUACAAUCUGGAAAACAUUAUAGUAACUAAAGAUAUAUUGUCCCUUAUGGGGCAGGAAUGAGUCACUUUGGCCAGGAUAAAAUUUUCUUUAAAACGGUCCUCAUUUUACUCUGAUCUCAUAUUCACCAAGUAACUUUAACUCUACUUCUCAGUAUUCCUGAAACACAAGCAUAUUGAUUUCUUUAAAAAAAAAAUUCUUUGAAUUUAUUGAGAUUUAAUUUGCAUAUUAUAAAAUUCACCCAUGCAUUCUGCUUUCUUGAACUAAAUAGUUCUCACUGUUGAGUCAUUCACCUUCCGUAUGUGCAAAUUUAGGUAGAGCAUUGUUUAGCCUGGUGAACUGUGACUACGGCUAAUGACCUUCCUGAAAUGCAUUCUUCAGAUGCGGAGUUACUGAGGUUAUUAAUAUUUCAGGCUAUAGUACCAAAGGAUUCAUGUUCAAAUAAGUUUGGAAACACUGUUUGAAACAAAGGUAAAUUGUUUUCUUUCUUCUUGACUUCUCAGAGCCUUUAAUAUGCUAAUGAGCAGUAAGCUCAAGGGGAGUAUCUACUGUAAAGCAUUUCCCAAAUGUAUUUCCUCAGAACCCUUAUUUUCACAGAGAAUAGGUCCCAUGAGACUUAUGUUCUGAGAAAUAGAUCUUACACUAAAUAUCUUUUACAGACUAAAAAUAAUGUCAUCUUCUCAAAUCUUUUGGAUGGCUAUUUGACCUUCUCCGGAUGACUCCUGAGUGUGUCCCUUUCUAGUUACCACAGGUUUAUUUUACCAUGGUUGUAUGUUUUCCAGGAAAUUGGGAGCAGAAAAUAUUUAUCAUAUAUAAAUGUCACAAGAAAAAUAGUUAUUUUUUAGCUUUAUUCUUUUAGGGGUUAAAAAGAAUAAAGUCUGAAAUUUAGUGGAAAUAAGUAAUGGAUUUUGAUGACAAUUUGCCUAGCCCUUUGUUCAUUCAUAAGUGAUUAGGAGCCUUUUUCUGUAAAUGGCUGGCUGUUGGAAAAUGUUCCUCUUCUAUACAGUAAACAACCAUAGAUAUGAGUGAGCGUUUGACUUAGGCUAGAGAAUUGACUCUAACAGUCUCUUAAUCACACUGAUUCUACUUAUCAGAUACUUCCAAGGAGGAAGAGAAUCCGGGAAACGUAUCUGUGGGCAAGUAAUCUUUUAUUUCUGUCAUUUCAAAGAGAAUUCAAAUGCCUUAUGUUUAAGUUAGUUUCUUCUAUUUCUAUUUAAAUAUUCUACUCCUUGUAAUGUACCCUUUCAAACUAGUUACCAAAUAAUAAUUUUUACUAUUAAUAAUAAGGGUUUUCUCUGAGUGGUGGGAUCAUGGGUGAUUUUAAUCUUCCUUUUGCUUUUUGAUAUUUUCAAAAUUAUCUAUGAUAAUUUUGAUAUUUAUAAAAUUAUAAAAUACAUAUAAUACAAAUGUAAUACAAAUUCAAAUAAAAUCUUUUAUGUAGCUAGUACUUUGACUCAGCAGUGAUUGGUUCUAACUAGAACUCAACCAGUCUUACCCAGAAAGAGAGUAAGAGGAAGAUUAGCUUAUCCAAUAAAUGUGUAUCUUUGCCUUAUGACAAUGGGGAGCUCAGCAGGAAAAAAAACAAGACAAAACAUUGAGAAUUUCUUUUAAAAAAUGCAAGGUUUCCAACUUCCUUUCAAAUUACUCAUAUAUAAUAUUUGGGGAAUAUAACUAAGCAGCAUUUCUUUAAACUAAAAUGUGUUAUCUGAGGGAAAUUCUCACUAAUGUCUCUUCCUUCCUCUCAGAGCCUUUUAACAAAUCCAACAAGAAUAUAUUCUCUUUGCUGGGAUAGAACUUGGGGCUAACAUCUGCAUGAUCCGGCUCUUCCUCAGUCAGUCACAUCCCUCAGUGAGUUCCAUUCCUGUUAAAAUAACACUUUUUAAGUCACAUGGAAAGAGGCUGCAGACUGAACAAACAUGCUGAGUAGUUUUACUAAUGAAGAUCAACAUGGGAAAGUUAGGAAGUCUUUGUUUUUCCUAUCCUUAUCCUUUAUCAGUAAAUAAACAUGAGUUCUUGAUACUCUUUUUCACCAACUGGGGAGUCCCUGCUUUGGACUAUAGUCUGGUCUCAUGUUAAGGUGCAAAAUUCAGUGCCAGGAUUAGAGUGUGGAGUAAAGCCAUUCACAGUAGAGAUGAAAGUCCAGUUAAUACUAACCCCAGGGGUGCUUGCUGUCCCCGGCCCAGUAUCUCUGUUGUUCUUUCCUUUUGCUAUAAAUUAUAGUGUUUAGAUUUCAAAUAAGAAGAAAUCAAGAAUGGACCAUUAUAAAAUUAUAGUAAUCUAUUUUUAAAUUGAUUUUGUAUCCUUCAUUUUCAUAUACCUUUUUGAAUAAAAAUAGGUUUUGUCUUAAAAUCAUAGAUCCACAGUUUGAGAAAAGAAAUUUAACAUUUUAAAAAGACAUUUUUAAUACAAAAGUAGAAAAUUUAGAAAAGACAGAUGAACAAAAUGAAAAUAAGUUGCCUGUAAACUCACCAGUCUCUUUUGAUGUACAUCUAUACAUCUGUC